AUGUAUGACGGCGUUAGCAAGCCGCCCAAACCAGGUGGUUCGUGCAUAGGAGAGGAGGCUAUCCAACUCAAGUUUCACCACCCAGCUGACAAGAACUCAGGUUAUCAAGAUUCGGGCUCGGAUAUCGCAUACACGCUUUCAAGAGAAGGGCUUAAUAUCCUUACACCCGUGGAAUGCCCAGACCCCGCGGAUCAAAAUCAAUGGUGCUAUCCCGACACCGAAGAAGGGAUUUUAGAGGCAGUGCAGAAAGGCGCGACACACCUCUGGGCCAAUACGGUACUCUUCGCAGAGCAUCCACUGCAGACAUCGACUCGAUUGACGCCCUAUGAAUCCAGUCUGAAAGUCAUCGGCCAACCCCCGAUCUGCGCAGAUAGAUUCGACGACAAGUCAUUUACUAAUGACGAGCUACGCCGGCAUGGAGGUUUCACGUUGCCCCGAUCGUGGACAGUGGAUGAUCCACGGUCUAUGGAAGGGAACGAUGUAGUCCUCCAGAAUAAAUUGGACGAAGUGCUUGCCUCGAUGACGGAGAGCGACUAUCCUAUCAUCGCGAAACCAGUGCGUGGCAGGGGGAGCCACGGCGUAAAGAUCUGUCGAACCCCUGCCGAUCUCCGCGAACAUAUUGCUUACCUGUUUGAUGAAUCGCCCCGUGUACUUUUGGAAGAGUACUUGAAAGAAGAGGAGGGUACCAUCACUAUUAUGCCUCCAUCUGAUCAACGCGACCAGCACUGGGCAUUACCCCCCGUCACUCGAUUUAACCAUGUUAACGGGAUAGCUCCCUAUAGCGGCAAUGUAGCCGUGACGGUCAACUCACGCGCUGUGACAGCGGCGGAAAUAGAGAGCGACCCGGCGUAUUCCACUAUAAUGAGGGAGUGCGAGGGUGUGGCUGGAUUGUUGCAGACAACCGCGCCACUUCGGAUCGAUAUUCGACGAUUUGGGCCUGGGACCAAUUUCGCUUUAUUUGAUAUAAACAUGAAGCCGAAUAUCACAGGGCCUGGGCGCCCUGGCCGUGACGAUCAGACCAGCUUGAUGGGACUCGCAGCUGGGAGCAUAGGCUGGGACUAUCCCGCAUUUCUGCAAUAUGUGCUUGGGUCGGCACAGAAUUUGGGGGCUCUUCGGAAUUAUAGAAGUGCUUUGAAAAUUUGA